AUGUCCUUCGAUUUUCAUUCUGAGCUGUUUGGGGAAUUUAACCUCCCCGAUGAUCUUUCCCAAAUUUUGGCAAGAAAUCCCAUAAAUAAGCUUAUGCGGUUUGAGGAUUCACUUGCUCUUUGUGUUCUAGACGAACCACUAAAUAAGGGGGACUCUGGUCUUCCUUAUUGUAUAUGGUUGAUGAGACAAGAAAAUGGUGUGGUUCAUGGAAUGCUUUUAAUUACUGAUUUACAAACUGAUUAUGCUUCCAGGGAGUUGUAUCUUUGGAAUCCUUAUGUUAAGCGACAUAGAGUACUUGUUUCGAGUUGUUAUAAGAAGCAUCUGGAUAACCUGGAAACGACGUGUGCUUUGGGGAUGGGUUUUGACAAGCUCAUGAAUGAUUACAAAAUUGUAAGGAUUAUUUAUGUUGAGGAUGACCAGGGGGAGCAGUUGGGUGAUGUAGCUCCUAAGGUUGAAAUUUUUAGCCUCACGGAGAACGUAUGGAGGAAGAUUAAAAACCCUGGAGUUCCACGACUAGAUAUUGAAGAUGGGGUUUUCGUUGAUGGUUGUUAUUACUGGUUGGAAAGGAACUAUGCCAUAGUUGACGACACCAGUACUUGUCAUGGUCACAAACUGAGGAUAAUGUCCUUCGAUUUUCUUUCUGAGCUGUUUGGGGAAUUUAACCUCCCCGAUGAUCUUUCCCAAAUUUUGGCAAGAAAUCCCAUAAAUAAGCUUAUGCGGUUUGAGGAUUCACUUGCUCUUUGUGUUCUAGACGAACCACUAAAUAAGGGGGACUCUGGUCUUCCUUAUUGUAUAUGGUUGAUGAGACAAGAAAAUGGUGUGGUACCUGGACUCUGCGAUUUAGAUAUGUACUUGAAGAGUGUGGGUAUCCUUUAG